AUGUCAUCCAGCGCUGCAACUCAACAGGUUAUGCCUAGCAUCGCCGAUAUCCUCUUCGACGCAACUGUUACCCCAGAGGAUGCUGAAGCAAAAUUGACGACGUUUGGAGCCAAGCAGUUGCGGACUGAGUGCUACUUGCGGCAGCUUCGCAUUGUUAAGAAGGGAUCUGACUGCAAUGACCACAAGGUUGGGUACGUAGCGCUACUCAUGCAGCAAAAGCGUGUAUUCACUGAAAUGCAGAGACUUGGAGUUGAAGACGGUCCGUCCAAGAUACCAGUUGCCGCUGGAAUCAAAAGACGUACUCGACACUGUAUGAUACGCCUUCUGAACGUCAUGUUUUCUGAGACUUUUGCGGGCCGAGUGCACGAAAUUGACGGCAAACCAACUCGUGCAGAGCUAGAUUCUAACCAAACCCAUGCCAGCUCCUCGUUUUGGACGGGCUUUCAUGACGCCUAUCUUAGCGAUCAAGCUGAAUUCGGCAAACUCAACUCGACGCUCCCCUUGUUUGCCAAGUGCAACCCAGCCAUUAUUGUACCUCAUGACGCAGCAAAACUUCGUGAUAUGUGGAAGGACGUCAGUAGUCGAUACAAUACUGAAAUUAACAUCUCGACUUCAUAG